AUGAAGACAUUCGUUCCUUUGGCCGUGGUGCUGUUCACGCUCGGCGUUUGGUCGCAGGCCUGUGGGCCGAGCGAGGUACGACAGGACUGCGGGCCGAUCUGUGAGAGCUGCAAAGACAGCAAAUGCGAUGCUAUCCGCUGCGGCGGCGGAUGCUGGUGCAAAUCAGGCUACCUCCGGGACGGUGCCGGCGUCUGCAUUCCCCCAGACCAAUGCUCGCCAGACCUGGACGAGCCGACGUUACAUGAGGCGCGCGAAAACCCCGGUCCCGGCUCUUGCUGGGGAACUUCCUGCGGCGAGUAUUGA